ACCAAACGUUUAAUGAUCUUCAGUUAAGCUUCGAACUUUUACCAGACAAGUCGUGUCUGCGGCUGCUACCAACGGCAGUCAAUUGAAAAGUCCCCAAACGCGGCUCAAACGUUAACGGAAUUUUAAAACCCAGAGCGAAGAAAACAGAAAACUGCAUCAUUUGCAUAAAGCAAAUAGAAAACGUAACGAAAAUAACUUCGGACCAAGUUGAUUGGGAUUUAGUGUUAUCAUUUCGCGUCGCAUAACUGACAUUUUUUCGCGCGACCCCUUUUUCCUGGGAUAUUUUGCAGCGGUAUCGUGUUUGUUUUAAAAGAAAAUAGUGCACUGAUAUCGGAUCAAUUGAGAAAACAAUAACAGUUAACGGAGGAAAUAUAUAGCAUAUCUGGAAUUCCCGAGUGAAUCAUGAGGGUCUCUUUGGCACUGUGGGGCACUUUGUGCCUGUGGGUGGUCACCGCGAAUGCACAAGGAUUUAUACCACCACCCAAUGUCGGGCUUCACAAUGGGCCGCCCUUUCACAACUCGCAGCGCCGCCAGCUAAAUCUGCAGCAGUACAAUCAGCAAAACUUUGUCCAGGCGGGCGUGGAGCUGCCCAUUCCCCACCGCUCCCAACACGGCCCCCAUCCGCAGCACACGCAUCUGCAUCACCAGCAGCAGCCGCAGCAGCACCGCUUCGGGCAGUUCCCACAGCAGCAGCAGCAGCAGCAGCAGCAUCAGCAGCCCCACAGCAAUCAGCAGUUCCAACGUUCGACCCAAAAUCAACUUCAAACCGCUCCACAGUUCCCGCAGCAGCAGCAGCAGUUGCCCUCUCCGGCCGCCGGUUUGGAUCUGCAUCAUCAAAACUUCUUGGACUUGCGCAACUUCGCUGGCUCCCAGCAGCAGCAGCAAAAUCAGCAACAGCAUCAGCAGCGCCAUAAGCAAUUUGAUUCCCGCUUGCAGUCCACUGCUUUCCCUCCACAGCCAUCACCGGAAACUUACCAGCAACAGCAAUUGCAGCAACAACAGCAGCAGUUUGCCUACCAGCAGCCCCAGCAGUUCGGACCACAGGUUCUGCCCCAGACCACACAGAAGCUGCCCAGCCAGGCGCCCGUGCCCACUUUCCAGUCGAUUCCCCAGCAGCAGAGCCAGUUUAACUACCAGCCACAGUCCAGCCAGCAGCAGCAGUAUCAGCUCACUCCCCAGUUGGGAUUGCCAGUGCCGCAGAUCUUUAGCAAUGUUCAGGCCACACCCUUCCCGGAGCCAACCAGAGGAACCUUCCAGCAACAGCAGCAGCCAGCGCAGCAGCCUCAGUUCCAGCAUCAAUUCGUUAAUGCUCCAUCGCCAAUUCAGGCUCAGGCCCAACCAGCUGACCAGGAGUACAAGCAAAAGCUGAUCCAGAAGCACGAGCAAUUUGUGGCCAAGCAGUACGAAAAGUCGCAGCACAAGGUGCGUCAGCAGCACGAAGAAUUCCUUCUGAAGCAGCAUCAAAUCAAGCAGCACAUCCUGCCGACCAUCGUGACCCAACACAAUGCCAACUACCAGAACUCACCCUAUGUGGCAGCACCGGCACGUGGAAGACCAGUGGCUCAUCCCACUGAGUACAAUCAGUUCAACAGUGCCCUGCAACAGUACUACAAGGAGCACCCGACGACGACAACCACCACCACGACGACAACCACAACGACUGAGGCCACAACCACUCCAAAAAAAAACAUCUAUGCUCAGGUUAAGUCGGAACUGGGAAAAUUCCCAAGUCAGAAGAGCAAGAAACCCGUGAAGACCAUUGCCCGGGAUGAUUUGCUUAAGCAACUCAAGGCAGCCUUGUCCGAAGCACCACAACAACCACUGACGGGAAACAAGACCUACGAUGAGAUGGACCUGGUUCUGCCCAACGGCCAGCGGGUUCAGGUGAUUCGCACCACAGAUCCCAAUUUGGUCCAGGGGCAAAAGGCCUACUCCCAGGAGCAACUGCAAACUUUGCUGGCUCAACAGGCGUUGGGUGGCGAAGCCAAGCUAAGUUUGAGUGAUGUGGCUCCCAGUAAGAGCAAGGAUCUUGAGCUGCCCGGUGGUGGAAAGGUUCAAAUUCUGCGUUCCCCCGAUCCUCAGGAGUCGGACACCCUUCCUUCUGGUUCUCUGCCCGGUGGUGUUGAUCUCUCUAGUUUGGCCGCUCUCUACGGCGGUGGUGCCGGUGAUAUUCAGGGCAUCAGUAAUGGAGCCAAUAGCAUUGCCAGUUCCGCAGUCAUAACCUCGGAUUCCGAUGAACCACCAUCCUUGGAGGAGCUGGCCAAGCGCGGACUCAUUCCCGACGGCUAUGAGAUUGAGGGUCUCAGCCCAAAGUCACAGGCACCGGCCACAGCUGCACCACCAACUUUGCCGCCCAAGAAGAAGGCCACCUACGUUUACCUGGAGGAGCAGACCGAUGGUAGCUUCAAAAUCCAAGGAGUGAAGGCCAACGGCGAGAAGGAGACCAAGCAAACCGGAUCCGAAGUGGAAAGCAUUCUGGAGCGCAUCAGGAGCGGAGAGAUUAAGCUGCCGCCUUCGGUUUCCCGCCUAACAUUGCCCAACGAUGAGCUGGUAGAGAUUAAGAGCGGCAAGAUUAUCCAAACCACGCGUGCACCCACCACGACCACAAGCACAACUACCACUACCACAACUACUCCAACGCCCUUCAUUUCCCGUGGAACACCCAGCAAUCACAGGCAGUAUCACCCGUCAAGAACCUCAACCACCACUACCACAACCACUGCUCCCACAACCGCUCGCCACAAUUUGAUUUACGAGAGCAGCACCAGUCAUGUGAAUGCUGCUAGUCUGAUCCGCACCACCACAUCUCCCAUUUACGGAGGAUCCACGGUGACAGUUUCCCCAUAUCUGGAAGGUGUAUCCACCCACUUGCCGGUGGUGACCGAGAGGCUGUCUGAUGUGGCGAACAAUGCAGAGCUCCUGCCACCUGUUCCCCAAUAUGCCGAUGCCCUCGUCCAGGAGACGGAGAACACCGAGAAGGCCGCUCAAGCGAAUCCCUCAACCAGUUCGGUGCUGUCCAAUCCUAGCGAAGACCUACUGCAAAUACUGAAGACUAACGGACUUUUCGCCAUGGCCAAGUAUCUAAGGCAGUCGGGUCUGGACAGCAUACUCAACGAAACCGGACCGUAUACCAUCUUUGUUCCCACUGAUAAGGCCUUCAAGAAUCUUUUGGUGCAGUUGGGAGGACCAGAAAGAGCCGAGGAAAAGUUCCAGUCCAAUCCCAGAUUGCUGAGCGGGCUCCUACUCCAUCAUGUGAUUCCAGGAGCUUUCGAGAUCGCCACCCUGCAGGACGAGAUGACUGGCGUUUCCCUGGCUGGAACACAGCUGCGAGUUAACCAGUACAACAUGCAUGACCAGGAGUGGAAUGAUGUGACUCUCACCACCAUCAACGGAGCCAUGGUUGUGCUGAACAAGAAGGACAUCAAGAUCCCGCAAGGAGUGGCUCACGCAGUCGAUCGCGUGAUGUUCCCACUGCCCGUUGGAGAUAUCCUGCAGACUUUGCAGUCUGAUCGUGAGGGUCGCUUCAGCAAUUUCCUGAAGAUUCUGUACACCUCUGGACUGUCUGAAAAGCUUCAGAGCAAGGGUGUCAAGACGUACACUGUUUUCGCUCCUGUGGACAAAAGCUUCAGCGAAUUGGAUUCCGAUACACUGGAGAAGCUGUACAAUGACAAGGAUGCCGCCGAACAGUUUGCCAUGAAGCACAUUGUACCCGGGGCUCUUUUCUCCGCUGGUAUGCGUUUCUACCAGGUUAAGGACUCUUUGUCCACUGGCAAAACCGUGAUUCUCCAGAAGACAUCCGCGGGCAAGAUUAAGGUCAACGAUGCACAGAUGGUUACAUCCAAUAUUCCAGCCACGAAUGGAGUGAUUCACGCCCUGGAUGGAGUCUUGGCGUGAAGAGAUUAAAGCUGCCGGGGUCGGAGAAUCCCUUUAUUAAGCAGUUUUUUGGUUAAGCCUUAAGAUUAGUUUAAGUGAGGAGGAGUUUCAUCAACCACAUCCAAAAUUGAUAGUGAAAUCUUGCCAACGUCCUUGAAAGGACUUAAGAAAUUACAAUCUUUUAUAGAACUGGUGCAAAUCCAUCAAGUAUAAGAGAUAUACGCAACGAUUUGGUGCUUCCAUAUACUUUUCUGUAUUUUUCUUUUUCGCCUUCAUAAAACAGUCAUUACAAAUAGUUCAAUUUAAGAAAGAAGCAGAGAAUAUGUAAAAAGAAGCCAAGACAGGUGGAAUCUGAUUGGUAUCUAAGCUAAGUUCACAUAUAUUUAUUUUUGGCAUUAAAUCAUGUGCAAAUUAAUU